UACUCUUAUAGUGGAAUGUACAUGUGCUUUGUAUUGUAUGUAUACGUGUUCCCCAACGCUGAACUGACAUCACGUGUGACCACUAAGAAAAGAAUGCUAUGGCAAUUUGCGUAUGAACUUUAUAUUGUACACAGUUAGUACUACUAGCGGCGUGUUAUAUAGUGGCUAAUGUUGUCAGCUGUUUCACACACACUGUAUAAACUUCGUAUACACGAUCGAGUAGUCAUACAUUUUUCUACCACAGGAAGUAUAGAACUUGAGCUUGACAAAUUGAAACCCCAACUUUGCAGAAGGACUUUAUUUCGAUUCCAGUGGAAGCCGAUAGGGGGGUGGGGAGAUAGGGGAGGUGAUACUGGACCCCCAGUCCGCAGAGUGAAGAGUGAAGGCCGGUUCGGACCAUCCAACACCAGGCAAGGAAGGACAGUGGUGGUGUGUUGAGUGGCGUGGAAUUUGUAGUACAGCGACAUCUACUGAACAUCUGCAGGGGAAUCCGUGGUAUCCAGUAUACAGCAUGGCUUCAAGACCAGAAGAUACAGGUGAGGAGACAACACCACCAGUGACGACACAACAACGAGACCCGGCUUCCCGAGCCUCGCCCACCGCGGACGUUGGCAAGCUCUGCUCGGGCCGGUGCAAGUGGUUCGAUGUCUCCAAAGGUUACGGCUUCAUUACAACAGAUGACAACAGCGGUGAUGUCUUCGUCUAUCAGUCCAGUAUACAGAUGGGCGGAUUCAGAAGUCUAGAAGAGAAUGAGGCUGUAGAGUUCGUCUUCAAGAUAUCAGGGAAGGGUCGAGAGGCGGAGUCUGUGACGGGACCCUGUGGGGAAGAUUGCAAAGGCAGUAAGAGGAAGGGAAGAGCAAAACACAGAAGAAGAGAUGACAGCAGGUGUUACAACUGCAAUGAGCACGGCCACCACGCCAAGAACUGCACGGAGCCUCCGCUACCCAAACGCUGCCACCACUGCAAGUCGGAGGAGCACCUCAUUGCCGACUGCCCGGACAAGCCGGCCCAGGGGGAAAAGACGCCAGACAACGGCCAAGAAAGUAGUGACACACCCGGAGACGGGUCUGGUGCCCCGGCUACAUCAGGAGACCAGUCUACCUCAUCAGUAACCUCAGAGGGUAGUAAAAGCUAGUAGUAGAAACAGAAAUAGUUACCAUGACAUCAGAAGCGGCUGAUAUAGUUGUGGUCUAUUUUUUUGUUUUGCUGCGGCGAUUUUUUUUUACGGGAAAAAAAAAGAAGAAAAAAAAAAAAAAACUCAGGUUGACUUUCAAAACGGUGCAUUUUUUUUAAAGAAAUCGGUUUAAUGGGUGUUUUUUUGUUGUGUGUAAAUGGUGAUUGGUUGAUUACAGGUGGAAAUCUGUCUGCCGUUUUUUUAUUGCAGGUUUAAAGAGAUGAGGAGAGUUAUUGGCCAAGAAAACAAGAAAUUCCGAAAAGAAAUAAUUCAGCAUCUGAAACCGUAUUGUUUUCAAGAAAGGCCCACAUUUCAAAUACGGGUGUGUUUUUAUACACUUUUUUGUUUUUAUAGUUUGAAAUGUAAUAUAAAGUAGAAUUAAUUAUUGCAAGCAAACCCACACUAACCCUUCGAUAGAAGUAGAAGUAGUUGAGGCUCUUUGUAUAUUGUUAUUCCAACUCCGUAGACCUCCAAUUACUUCCUAGGAAUUGAGAAACUUGCAACAAAGCCUCUUAGUUUUCUCAGUUUGUUUUGUAGUCCGAUUAAGAUGCUUUCUUUUGUCCAAGAAAAGCUGAAGUACUUUCGUUAGAGACUUGUCUUGAUUUGAGCCUUCCGAGUAUUGGAAAACAAUUUUUGCAAAGAAGUCUUUAGAGUAAAACAUUAAUUCCUAGAAAUGUUUGAAAUCUGACGUCCUACACAAAGCCAGACUCGUGAUUUCUUUAUUCCUACAGUGUUCAUACACUCAAACUGUUGUUAUUUGUUGUUUAUUUUAAUGAUUUUGGGGUGAAACAUUUCAGUAUUAUGUUAAGGUAUACGGACGAUAUAAAGUUUGGAUGUUUUGGAUUUAGAGGUUUAUAGACCUUUUCGCAAAUACCAAUGCGCAAGCGCAGACUGUUG